ACCAGGUUAUCAACGCAGUGACAGAUGGGAGGCAAAAGGCUCUAGCCGGGUUGUGACGGCAAUCUUAACUAUCAUUGAAACAGCAUAAUAUUAUGUAUAUCAGACGCUAUAGCAGCACAUGGCAAUGUAUUUGAAUGCCAGUCUUCGUCGGUAGAUCAUUUGAAAACGUUUGCAUCAAUACCACUGUAAGAAAAGCUCGCAAAAUGUGUUGUCAAUAAUGAGGUACAGAGGAAGAUGCUAGCCGACUAGCUAGCAAAGACACGUCGUUCCCUCUCUUUAGCUGGCCAGCUAGGAAAACGGUCUACACGCCCAAAGAAGAUAUUUUCAUUUGUAGCCUAAAUUAUCGAACUCUGAAUUCAUAGUUAUUUAUAGUGAUUUUAGUCAGAAGGAGUACGUGCUGAACAUCUCCAGCAAAGUGCGUUUACAACGCCGUUGUGUUCCGUCAUUGACAGCAACUGUUCACUUACAACACAAGACCAUGGAUACACCGGGUAGGAUAGCACAGACGCCGGAUGCUGUGGACUUCACCGUGGAGAACGUGGAAAAGGCUUUGCAUCAGCUCUACUAUGACCCCAACAUUGAGAACAAGAAUCUGGCCCAGAAGUGGCUCAUGCAGGCCCAGGUGUCUCCCCAGGCCUGGCAGUUCUGCUGGGCCCUGCUCAGCCCAGACAAGGUGCCAGAAAUCCAAUACUUUGGCGCGUCGGCCCUUCACACCAAGAUCUCGCGCUACUGGGCCGACAUCCCAGCCGAGCAAUACGACUCGCUCAAGACACAACUGUUCGCCCACAUCGCCCGUUUCGCCACGGGCGCAAAGAUCGUGCUGACGCGCCUGUGCGUGGCGCUGGCCUCGCUGGCGCUCAACACCAUGCCCGAGGCCUGGCCCGGCGCCGUCUCCGAGAUGGUCCGCGCCUUCCAGCAGGCCGAGGGGCCCGCCAGCAGCGGCAUGGACGGUCGCGCCCGCUGCCUGGCGCUGCUGGAGCUGCUCACGGUGCUGCCAGAGGAGUUCCAGACCAGCCGGUUGCCGCAGUACCGCAAGGGUCAGGUGCGCGGUGCGCUUGGGCGGGAGUGGGUGUCCGUACAGCCCUUGCUGCAGCAGCUGCUGCGACAAGCGGACUCGCCAGGGCUGGUGCGGGCACGCGUGCUCAAGUGCCUGUCCAGCUGGGUGCUGCUGGACGUGCCGCUGUGCGAGAGUGAGGGCCUCGUGGAGGACGCCUUCGCUGCGCUGGCCGACCCAGAGCUGUUUGACGCCGCCGUUGAGGCCAUCGUCAACGCCGUCUCGCAGCCCGACUCCCAGAGGUAUGUGAAUACGUUGCUGAAGUUGGUUCCCCAGGUUUUGCAGCUACAGGAACAACUGAGGGAGGCAGUGCAAAAUGGAGACAUGGAGACUUCACACGGGAUCUGCCGUAUUGCUGUUGCCCUUGGAGAAAACCACUCAAGGGCUCUGCUGGAGCAGGUGGAGCAUUGGCAGGGUUUCCUGGCACUGGUGAACAUGAUCAUGUUCUGCACUGGCAUCCCUGGGCACUACCCAGUCAACGAGACCACCAGCUCCCUCACCCUCACGUUCUGGUACACACUACAGGAUGAUAUCAUGUCGUUCGAGGCAGAGAAGCAGGCCGUAUAUCUGCAGGUGUAUAGGCCCGUGUACUUCCAGCUGGUGGACGUGCUGCUGCACAAGGCCCAGUUCCCCACAGACGAGGAGUACGCCUCCUGGUCCUCCGACGAGAAAGAGCAGUUCAGGAUCUACAGGGUGGACAUCUCCGACACCCUGAUGUACGUGUACGAGAUGCUGGGAGCGGAGUUGCUUAGUAAUCUUUAUGACAAGCUGGGCCGGCUGCUGACUAAUCCAGAACACCCUACGUCCUGGCAGCACACAGAGGCUCUACUGUAUGGGUUUCAGUCUAUUGCCGAGACGAUAGAUGUAAACUACUCCGACGUCAUUCCAGGCCUGAUUGGCCUCAUCCCCCGUAUCAACAUCAACAACGUCCAGCUGGCCGACACAGUCAUGUUCACUAUAGGCGCGCUGGCGGAGUGGCUGGCUGAUCACCCGGUGAUGCUGAGCAGCGUGCUGCCCCUGGUGCUUCAGGCCCUGGGCAACCCGGACCUGUCCGUGUCCAGCGUGUCCACGCUCAAGAAGAUCUGCCGCGAGUGCAAAUACGACUUGCCGCCCUAUGCCACCAACAUCGUGGCCGUCUCACAGGAAGUGCUUAUUAAACAGAUCCACAAGACGAGUCAGUGUAUGUGGCUGAUGCAGGCUCUGGGUUUCCUGCUGUCUGCCCUUCCUGUGGAGGAGAUUCUGAGCAACCUGCACUCCCUCAUCACGCCCUACAUCCAGCAGCUGGAGAAACUGGCCGACGAGACGCCGAACCCUUCCAACAAGCUGGCCAUCAUCCACAUCCUGGGCCUGCUGUCCAACCUCUUCACCACACUGGACAUCACCAAGCAGGACGACGAGUCAGGAGACAGACAGCCGCCAGUCAAAUCAACCCCCCCACCCACAGGACCCAACCCUGUGGUGGUGGUGCUGCAGCAGGUGUUUGCCCUCAUUCAGACCGUCCUCAGCAAGUGGCUCAACGACUCGCAGGUGGUGGAGGCUGUGUGUGCCAUCUUUGAGAAGUCUGUGAAGACUCUCCUGCAUGACUUUGCCCCCAUGGUGUCUCAGCUGAGUGAGAUGCUGGGACAGAUGUACAGCACCAUUCCCCAGGCCUCCGCACUCGACCUGACCCGACAGAUGGUGCACAUAUUUGCCAGCGAAACAGACCACUUCCCCCCAAUCAAAGCGCUGUUCGAGUUGGUCACCUCCGUCACCCUGUCCAUCUUCCAGCAAGGGCCCAGGGAUCAUCCUGAUAUUGUUGAUUCAUUUAUGCAACUCCAAGCUCAGGCUCUCAAACGGAAACCCGAUUUGUACUUGUCUGAGAAUCUUGAUGUGAAAGCGGUCUUCCACUGUGGAGUGCUGUCGCUUAAAUUCCCUGAGGCUCCAACGGUCAAGUCUACUUGUCUGUUCUUUACGGAGCUGCUGCCUCACUGUGCAGACAUCCCUCCUGUGGGUCAGGUGGUCCAGCAGGAAGGGAAGCUCCUUCUACAGGCAGUGCUGGAGGCCAUUGGUGGCCAGUCGUCGCGGAGUCUGAUGGACCAGUUUGCCGAGGUGCUGUUCUCCCUGAACAAGCACUGUUUCGGCCUGCUCACUGUGUGGCUGAAAGAAGCGCUGCAGUCGCCCGGCUUCCCCUCCUCACGCGUCUCCCCCGAGCAGAAGAACACCUUCAGCCAGCAGGUCCUGAGGGAGCGUGUGAACAAGAGAAGAGUGAAGGACAUCGUGAAGGAGUUCACCCUGGUGUGUCGAGGCCUCCACGGCACAGAGUAUGCUGCCGAGUACUGACUGACUGACCACUCUCCAGCUCCGGCUCCACAGUCCCGAAGCAGCCGGGUCAGGCGCUCCGGUGCCAGGACAUCCAGCACUAGCGCUUCCCCAGGCCCCGUGAACUUCAUGGAAAUAUCCCCCCAACUCUCACACAAACCCACACACCAUGGCUCUACAGAUGUGCUGUGCAGACGUGAUGUAGUCUUUCCCCCCAGUGCAGCCUGAGAUGAGGCAGAGACUAGCUGAGACUGUGCAGUCAGUCAGAGCAGGAGAGGUCAUGUUUUCCUCUUUUAUCCCUUCUAUUUCUCUCUCUCUCGCUCUCUCUUUCUCUAUAUAUAUAUAUCUAUCUAUCUCUAUCUCUUUUCUCUCUUUUUCAGUCUGUGUAUGCAGUCUCUGUCCAUCACUUUCUACAUCUGUCAUCUUUGCACCCUUCAUUUAUCUAUCUCUACCUCUAUAUUCAUUUCAUUUCACUUUUCCAUCUAUCUAUUUGCCCUCUUUCUUUCCUCGUCUCCACCUCUCCUGCGGCAUGCACACUGUAAAAUGUCAUCCCUUCUUUCUACUCGUUUUUCGAUCUUCCGUGGCUCCUAGGCUGUUCUCUUGUGACUUUUGCAUCCGUACGAACAAAGAUAUAGUGUUAGGUCAACUUUUUUUUUUAGAGAUAAAUGAAAAGAGCUAUAUUAUGUAUGUACACAUACACAAACAUAUAUAUAUAUAUAUAUAUAUAUAUACAAAUCUAUAUUAUUAAUACAGGGUGCGAUAGUCCUGCUGCCACUGCUGCUAACAGACAGAGGGACCAAUGAAGACUGAAAACUCCUGUGGCUUUAUUCAUUGAUCAUCAUCUAUAUCUCUAUAUACAUAUAAAUAUCUAACAAUUCCAAGCUGUCGCCCUUUUAUGCCCUUAUUCUGCCAAAUUGUUGUGAACUUUUGUCAUGUGAUAUAGGUUUUUUUUUAAUUGUCAUAUUUUUUUUAUAUAACAUUAGCAGUUGGAUAAUGGUAGGCCCAGUGGUAAUUGAAAGAAACUGACUGGACAGGAGAAGAAUGUCUGCUUACUGCUGGUCCACACAGUGAAUGUGGAAGGACUUGUUUGCCCUCCCAGCUGAAGGGAUGAAAUGGACUCCUAAGAGAACGGUAGCCGGUCUGGUGAUGAGGAGGGGAACUCACUAUCACUUCCUCUCAGGACUUUUGGCAUGGAACGUGGCUUUUGUGACCGGUCACCAGAAAGAAGGCCCUGGUAAACUAAUGGUCAGUCAGUGGUUGUUUGGAUGACCAAUGGUGGGCCUACUUGGAGCUACUCUGUCAACUCCCCACUAUACAGCACUGUUGUAGAGCCUUGACGAUUGUGUUUUAGCCAUGCUAGUUGACGCACAUCUUGUGACAUGUCGCGUAUGUAAAAGAUACACGUCUCACUUGUAGUUUGACUCUUCGGUGCACUUAUUGUUUUGGGAACUACAGUUUUCCUUUUAAUGGCAAAAAAGACGCAAGACACUAACAGCAAUCGUAAUGGCAUCUCCAUGAUGGCGAAGUUCUCACCGGCCCUCCUCAUCUAGACACGCGCGCGCGCGCACACACACACACCGCAUGCCAUAAGUGUUGACCACUGUUUCUUCUGACAGUCCAUGCCCAGUUGGUGCCUGCAGACAUGUAGCAUGCGUGUUCUUUUCGGGAGGGUGUGGGUAUGGGAGACACGGGAGGGUAUGCAACGCUUCGGUACACUGAGGGAGUGUCGGUACUGUUUUGAUGAUGCGCACGGUUUGGUUAUGCCACUUGCGUCAAUCAGUGAGACAAUUAAGAGAGAUGGGGGCGGUGAGAGGUUGAUCUGUACAUUCAUUUUUUUGUACCUUGUUUUAAUUUAUUAAAUAUAUCUAAUAAGACAAUAA